AUGAGGUUCUUUGUGAAGCAGAAUCUACAGCCGAAGAACAAACACGGGGCACGGCGCUGUGCCCGGACAGUCUGGCGAAGACGGACGAAUGGCAGGUUGUCGGCUCGCUGCUGCUCAUGGAGACUUCUCCGCUUCUUCCCGCUUCUCAAUCUGCUUCGGUUCGAGCCUCCUGUCGCCAGACAGCGCAAGCGAAAGCUUUUCGGGAGGUACUCCAGCUGGAAAGGUGCAGUGUGUCAAAGCCAGUCAUGUGAUGCCAUGUUCCUUGCAGAGAGACAUUCCAUGAAGGCCGAGGGCGCUGAAAGCACAACAGUCAACAAACAUCCGAGCGAAGAGGAAAGCGGAGAAGCCCAUUUCAACCUUGGCUUCCGUUGGACGAUGGAGGCAGCUGAGGCGGCCACAUCAGCCUUGCAAAAUGUUGGGCUGGUGUUGCCGCGUUUGUAA